AUGCGGCAACAACAAAAUCUUCAAUAUGCUAUCUUUGUUGAGUUUGUUAUGCUUGCCAAGGCAGUAGUAACCCGACAACAGUCGGCCGAGCUUAAACUCUCUCGAGAACUCCUUACAACGACUGCCUCUUUCCGAAAUGCUAAUCAGCUCCCCCCUCUAUUUAACACAGCAGCCACACCUCUGUCUCUUUGCUUUGCCACGCGAACCGUCGUCGUCGCGAUUGCAGCAGCUCUGCCUAAAAUUGCAUUUGAGACCACCGCAGCAGUCCCGUUGGCCGUAACAGCCGACAUUAGGGAUCGCACAUGUUUGUCGCUGCUCCAGGCUCUGUAUCUCAGGAGGCGCCGCCACCGCCGCCGCGGUAGCAAGAUCCAGACCGGCGAGAGCGGUCAUGAAGAUGGUUGUGAUUUUCAUGGUGUCUGGGCUGUGUAG